AUGAGGUCUGUCUGGAAGACGGGCCUUCGCCAAUCCUGGCGCAAAUUCGCAGCUGAACAUCGUAACGUGAGACGAACGCUCUCUGCGUUGAUCUGGCUGCCCUCCGCAAUCAUCUUCACGCAAUAUUUUUACACGGUCAAGUCCGUCAGAGGAAGAAGCAUGCAGCCGACGCUCAACCCGGACUGGUCGCAGUGGCGGGAUAUUGUUGUGUUUGAUCGAUUCGCAAUACGUAUCAAGCACCAAUUUGACAGAGGAGAUGUGGUUGCUUUGCUCUCACCAAGUGACUCGAAACUGAUUGUGAAGAGGAUCGUUGCAUUGGAGGGCGAUACAAUAAAGACACUGCCGCCAUAUCCCGAUGCCGAGGUCCGCGUACCGAAGGGGCAUGUAUGGGUGGAAGGUGAUGAGCCUUUCCAUUCAGAAGAUAGCAACACCUUCGGACCUGUUCCCCUCGCGUUGAUCGACUCCAAGCUAUCCUUCGUCGUUUGGCCUCUCGAUCGCUACGGGCCCUUACGCAAGCCGUCUGCUCCAGAUCCAAAGGCUCCAAGAACUCCUGCAUGGCGUCUCGAGAAGUCUGCAUCAGACCACGAGCAGUGGAGAUGUUCUCGCGUCACCAUUCAUAGAACGGAGGAUCGACGUUCUCAACCACCACAGCAUGCAAGGCCUCCGUCCAAAGUCAGCAACGAAUCUGAUUGACACAGUACCUCAAAUAGCACAUGCUGUCCAUGUCUCAGCGCCU